AUGGAAGCCGGUUACCCGCCCGGACGGAAGAGGGCUGGGGCCGGGGGGCGAGGAGAGGGGGCCUCGCAAGGACUCGGGGCGGCAGAUCAGUCAGACACGAAGUCUGUCAGAAGUGAAGUCAGUCACGCGGGACGCACCCGGGACACAACCGAGUGGGCGACGUCCCGCCGCUCAGGCGGCCACGCGGGCCACGCCCCCCGCGCGCACACGUGCUCCGAAGGCGCAAGAGCAAGAGCAGGCGUCUUCCCGCGAGUGGGGACGCCAGGCCUCCGCAGAGCCCCCUGCCUUGUGGGAGGAGGUGAUGCCUUCAUUUCGCAGAUGAAGCAGCCAAGCAUUGGAGAAAGCAAUGUGCUGGCUGGCCUUGCAGGGACUCGGGGCGGUGGGGGCGGGGGGGUGGAGGAGACGGAGGAGCAAACCCAGGCUGGACCGUGCAGGGGCGAGGCUGGUGCCCAGGGCCCCCCCGGACCGGAGGAGGAGCACCGGUCAGUUCUGCCUGCGCCGCAGAGACCAGGGAGACCGUCGGCGAUGGCCCGUGAGCCGGUCCAGAAGGAUGGGAAGGAGUUCAUCCUGAAGACGACGGAAGGGAGACUUGGUCCUUCCAAGGAAGGACCUGCAGGACAGUAA